GUUGAGAGGGACGAGAAGCACAAGGUGAGACACUCUGUCUUUGACUGCGCCCCUCCUCUCUCUCUCUCUCCUCUCUCUCAUAUUUAAUUUUUUUAGUGUAAUUUCUUGAAACUACAAGAAGGGCAUCUGCAUCAACCUUGCUGUGUUCCCAAUGUCACUGUUCUCUUCUUUCUUCUUUCCUACUUUUUCCUUUGAAGCUUCUUUGUUUUUUCAGCUGAACUUUAGAGACUAAAGAUUUUCUGCCGCUGUGGCUGCUGAGCUACUGUAGAAGCUCUUUCUGAUUCCUGAGGUUGGGAGAGAGAGAAAGAGAAAGAGAGAGCCAGAGGAGGAUGAGUGCUUCUAAGUUCAUUAAAUGUGUGACUGUUGGAGAUGGAGCUGUUGGGAAGACUUGCAUGCUCAUUUGCUACACCAGUAACAAGUUCCCCACUGAUUAUAUACCCACAGUGUUUGACAAUUUCAGUGCUAAUGUGGCUGUGGAUGGGACCAUUGUCAACUUGGGACUAUGGGAUACUGCAGGUCAGGAAGACUACAGCAGGUUGAGGCCACUUAGUUACAGAGGUGCUGAUAUAUUUGUGCUGGCAUUUUCUUUAAUCAGCAGAGCUAGCUACGAAAAUGUGCUCAAGAAGUGGAUGCCUGAACUUCGUCGAUUUGCACCAAAUGUUCCAAUUGUUCUUGUUGGAACGAAGUUAGACCUUCGGGAGGAUAGAGGAUAUCUAGCUGAUCAUAUGGGUUCUAACGUCAUAACAUCUGCUCAAGGGGAGGAGCUGAGGAAACAAAUUGGUGCAGCAGCUUACAUAGAGUGUAGCUCUAAGACUCAGCAGAAUGUCAAAGCUGUUUUUGAUACGGCAAUAAAGGUUGUGCUUCAACCUCCAAGAAGGAAGGAGAUGGUAAGGAAGAAAAAGCAUAGAAGAUCUGGUUGCUCAAUAGUGGGUCUUGUGUUUGGAGGUUGUGUUGCUUAGCAAUGUCAGAAUGGAUGGUGCUCCCCCGCUUUUGCCUCAGAAUCUCAGUCUGCUGUUUUGAAGCUAUAGGAAAUUUCAGCCAGAACUGGAUUCAUGGCAGUACCAAUUCACAUCACUAGUUAUCUGCUUAUGUGUGUAUUCUGCAUUCUCUAAUGCAGUGUUGCUAGAUUCAUUUUGAUUGCCUUCUUGUUGUGAUAGUAAUACAUUGCCUACUUCAUUUUGAAUGUCACCCUUUCUUCCA